CCCAUCACUCGCGCGCUGUGCAGCUGAACUACGGCGUUGGCAGAGAAUAUAAAAAAAUCUGCCUCUUUUCUUCAAGCGUUGGAAGAAUAUUUUGGAACGGAAAUCAGAGGAGCACUUGGUCAUACAUCCCAGUGGGUUCUAUGCUGUGAGUCUCUACAGCAGUAUUGAACCCGAGUAGUCUGGACCACAUCCACAAACAACCAGUGACGGCUGUAGGACCACUCCACUAGACCGAAACUCAACCACAGACCGUUAGAGGACCUCUCCCUGUUCCGCUACCUCACUUACCAAAACCACCUCUCCACCAAAACCACUGUGGCACGGGAGGAAGAGGAGGAAGAAAGAAGAUCAUGCCCAGAAGGAGAGUAAAUCAUCAGUGAAGAGAAGAGGUGAUGCCUCUGGAUUAAGAAGGCAGACAGACAGCAGACCAAGAGACAGACAGGCAGAUCAGACUCACGUCUCUCCAGCGGAUCCUGCUACUUCCUAUCAGAUCAAUCACCAAGACUUCCUGUCGGAGAGAUUAUGAGGAAUAGCUGUUUCACUCCCCACGGCAGUCCAACAGGAAGUGAAAAGACAUGGGGAUUCUGCUAAUCACCAUGACAACCAUACAGCUGUGACUGACUGUGUGAGGCCCCUCCCUCUUUUUCUACACCCAAGCUAAACCCAUUCUCCCCUUUCUGAGGACAACCUAGCUACCCCAGUCCAUCCCCAACGCUCUUUCUCCUUUAAACUCAACCUCGCUUUCCCUUAUUUCAAUCCCACGUUUCCUCCAUCUUAACAAAACCUCCCUCUUCAUUCGUCCUUCUCCUCUUCCCUCCAUCAUCAUGCUCAGCAGGCUUCACACUCACUCCUCCUCCUCUCCAUCUACCCCCACCCUCCUCAUCCUUCCCUCUCUCCUCCUCUUCCUCCACCUUCCGGGCCUGGUCUGGGGUGACUGCUGGCUGAUCGAGGGGGACAAGGGCUACGUGUGGCUAGCCAUCUGCAGUCAGAACCAGCCUCCAUAUGAGACCAUCCCCCAGCACAUCAAUAACACGGUCCACGACCUGAGGCUCAACGAGAACAAGCUCAAAAUGAUCCCCUACACCUCCAUGUACCGCUUCACCAACCUCACGGACCUCAACCUUACCAAGAACGAGAUCUCCUACAUCGAGGACGGGGCCUUCACUCAACAGGCCAACCUACAGGUCCUCCAGCUGGGCUACAACAAACUGACCAACCUGACAGAAGCCAUGAUGAGGGGCCUGGGCCGGCUGCAGUGCCUCUUCCUCCAGCACAACCUCAUUGAGGUCAUUGGCAACAAUGCAUUGGAUGAGUGCGUCAGUCUCAACAGCAUUGACCUGUCGUCCAAUAAGCUGGCCCGCCUCGACCCCUCCACCUUUACCAUUUUGAACCGCCUCAUGGUGUGUGAGCUGGCUGGGAACCCCUUCCAUUGUGGCUGUGACUUGUACAACUUCCUCACCUGGCUGGAGGCCUUCAAUAACGUCACACACACCUACGACCGGCUCCAGUGCGAGACCCCCAGGGAGAUGUUUGGCUACCCACUCCUGAGUCCCAUCGCGUCCGGCCACGCCGGGCACAACGCUCGGACCAUUCUGUCCUCUGUCUGCCGGGACGGGGUCUUCAUCCCCGGGAUGACGUCUCUUCCGCCAGACUCAGAUUCCUCCGGAAUGGGCCCGGACAUGUUUGACCGCGUGGGUCCGUACCACCAACCCACCAUCUCGUCUUCCUCCACGGAGCACAGCUUCAGCCCCAGCAUCAAGCUCCACCACGUGUCCCUGUUCACGGCCUCUAUCAUGGUCCAGAUCCCCAGACCUUACAGCAAGAUGUACAUCCUGGUGCAGUACAAUAACACCUUUGUCUCUGACGUCAUGAACCUGAAGCUCAAGAAGGAGAUGAUCACACUGAACAAGCUCAAGCCACACACCAACUAUACCUUCUGCGUGGCCUCCAUCCGGACCUCCCAGCGGUACAACCACACCUGUCUCCAGUUCUCCACCCGAGCCCAGAACCCCGACGACAUGCCACCAACACCUUCCACCACCACCCACUACAUAAUGACCAUCGUGGGCUGUCUCUUCGGGAUGCUCUGCAUCCUGGGCCUCGUCUACUAUUGUCUGAGGAAGAGGAGGAGGCAUGAGGAGAAGCAAAAGUCCAUCUGUGUGAAGAAGACGAUUCUAGAAAUGAGGUAUGGCCCGGAGGUGGCGGCGGCCGUGGGGAACGACCCGUCUGCAGUGCAGAAGCUCCAGGAGCAGGGUCAGGGCCACCACCAGUACCAGCACCACACGCACGGGGGCAAGCUACCAAUGUCUGCCUCCUCCUCAGGCAUGCUUCACUCCGCCAACACCUCUUCCUCCAGACUCUCCUCCAUCCCUCAGGAUAAGAUGCCUACCGCCUUCUCUGAGGCCAUGCUGACCAGCAAAGGCAACUACAUGGAUGUGAGGAUGGAGGGGGUGAUGAGAGAUGGAGGGAUGGGAGGAGGACAGGGAGGAAUGAGGGAUGAGGAUCUAAGAGAAGAGGACGGGACGGACGUGGGAGAGGAUUCGGACGACAACGAGCGAGGCUCGGCCUCAGAGAUCUCCACCAUCGCCAUGGAGGUGGAUAAGGUCAACCAGAUCAUCAAUAACUGCAUCGACGCCCUGAAGCUGGACUCUGUCAUGGCCGCCUCCUCCACUGCCUCUUCUGCCCCCACCACCACCUCCUACCCCACCUCCCCUCCACCCACCUGCACCUCCUCCUUGACCCGUGGCCUCAUCCCCCUUUCCCCCGGCAUCACUGAGACCUGCCCGGGCCUGCCCUCCCCUACCACCAAGAUCCCCCCUCCACCGCCGCUCCCCUUCUCCGUCCCUCUCUCGGAGCGUCCGGGGAUCAGCGGCGGGGGGUUUGUGUCGCCGCCCUACCGGCCGCCUCCCCCUGCAUCCGCUGUGCGCCCCGUCGUGAGGCAGAUGAGCGCUGACGCUGCGGUGGUGAUCAGUGCCGUGAAGAAGCAGUGCAGCACCUCAUCCUGCAACUCUAUGGGACGUGACCGGGAACGAGGGACCGGAGGAGGAGGCCGGGUCUACAGCCUGGACAUCCACGAGCCCCGCAGCCCGGACCCCUGCCAGCAGUACCCAGGAGAGAGAGGCAGCCCGGCGGGGUGUGGAGAGCCCCUGGAGCGGCUGCCUCUGGUGGGGAGCGGCGGGGGAGGAGGUGGGGGUGGUGGGUGUGGUAGUGGAGGUGGUGGUGGUGUUGAUGGUAUUACCAACCAGCAUCACCAGCACCACCAGCAGCAGCAGCAGGGGCAGGGACAGGAACAGCAGGAGGACUACCACUGCUCAGAGCACCGCCACUCCGUCCCGGCUCUGUACUACGAGGGCUCCCACCAGGGCUCGCCGCACCAGAGGGCCUCCUUCCUCAAGCCCCUGACCCGCUCCCGCCGUGACGCCGCCUCCUACUCCCAGCUCUCGCCCUCCCGCCACCAAAACUACUCCGGGUACUCCUCCAGCCCUGAGUAUUCCUCGGAGAGCUCUCUGAGGAUCUGGGAGAGGUUCCGGCCCUACAGGAAGGGCCAGAGGGAUGAGUCAUGCUACGUCACGGCCGGGAACGCCUUAAGGAAGAAGGUGCAGUUUGCCAAAGGGGAGGACCUCCACGACAUCCUUGACUACUGGAAGGGCGUGUCAGCCCAGCAGAAGCUGUGAAAGGAAGACAGGAAGUGAGAGUGAGACAUUGUGGAAAAUUGAGUUUUGAGUAAUGGGUCUCUGUCAAAACAUGUUAUCAUCAGCAGGACUAGAGCUGAGAGAGAUGAUAGUACAGUAGGGUCAUUGUGGACUGUAGGACUACUUCUGGAACUUGCUCAUCGUCUUAACAGUUAUAAUUAGAGACAGGGAGCCCUGGCCAACCAUCCAAUCAGUAUUCAGUGAACACUUCAUGUGGAAUUCACCUGUUGGAGUGUCAUUCUCUGUGCCACGCUUUCAUCUGUGUGUAGAGACGGGAAAUCAGAUGAAGUAACGUCUGUUUGUGUAUGCGUGUGUCAUCGAGUGUACUGUAUGUGUGUGUGUCAGUGUUUGUGUGUGUGUGUGUGUGUGUGUAUGACUCAGUCUAAACUCCUACACAUGUUUUUGGGCGCAUGUAGGGCGCAGAGAUAAUGUGUGUGUCUGUGUUGGUGAGACAGAAACACAGUGAGAUAAUAUAUCCAGAGAGGGCGAGAGAAAGAGAGAGAGAGAGAGAGAGAGACAGAGAGAGAGAGAGAGAGAGAGAGAGAGAGAGAGAGAGAGAUAGAGACCAAUACAAAGGGGGAAAAUAUGGUAGUUGUGAACAGAGCAGUCAAGAGCUCCCUCCUAUCCCUGAGAUCAUCCAUGCUAUUGGAUGGUGCACAAACAUUUGCAUUUCAAUAGUGGCUGUCACAGUCACACAGUCACACAGCAAGCGGAGAGGAAUAAAAAGGAAAAACUGAAAACACUCAAGGAGGCUUUACGGUGUGAGGAUGCAGGCUUUUGUUGUGUCUCAAAUGCCAUCCUAUUCCCUAAACAGUGCAGUACUUUUGACCAGGGCCUAUGGGGAAUAGGCUGCCCUUUGUGACACAGGCUUUGGGUCUUCAGUCAGCCACAGCACAGGACUAGCCAACCAGCCAGGCAGGGUAAUGUACUGUGAUACAGGCCAGACGUAACCUCCUGUGAAGAUAGGGAAUUGACACAGCAGUGUAAAACAGUAGCCCCGCCCCUGGAGCAGAGACAUACCGCUAGGAGCUACAGGAGGAGUAGCAGGUAUUUGGCCCUACAUGUUGAUCUAUGAUCAGACAUUUAACCUGGACCCUGUGAAUGGGAAUCAGAUUGUGAACAGCUGUAUUGUUGUUAUUGGUAUGUUGGGUAGGGGUUGCUGUGACUUACUGGUUCUGUAGACAGAUAAAGAGAGAGAUGGAGAGACCGUAAAACACAGAGAUAAAAAAAGAGAGUAAAAAAAGAGAGGGGAGAGAGAUACAUUCUGCGUAUUGUGCAUAUUCAUGUCAGCAGAUUAAUGUGGGUCAACAGAGCUAAAAUACAGACAAUGUGCAUCAUUUGAUGUGAGCACUUUGUGUGCUGCUGGCAAUCCUUUUGUCUAGAUGAAUGUGGCUUAAAACGUCCACGCCACGUUUAAUAAUGUGAUCUAAAAUGGAUCGUGGUCUUUAACUGGUGACCCACUUCACACAGGUUUACCCACACAGUUCCACUGUACAGCAGUUCUAGCUCAAGAUAAUAAUACCCCUCUUAUUUCAUCACAACUGAAGGAGGGGCGGAGUAAGAAGGUACACCUUUAAUUAACACCAACACCUCUUUCUGGAUAUUAACACCAUGCACGUCCACUUUGAUUAGACACACUAAUUAGCAAUUAAGCAAGACUGUGUCAUGGGGAGGUUGUGUGUAUGUGUAUGUGUAUAUGGUCGGUCAAUAUGCAGCGGUGGGUUGUGUGUAGAGUGUUUAAGCUAGUAGAAUUAGAGCUGCCUGCCUGGCUGGCUCGAGAGUUGAUUAGGAGUCUGUGGGAUUGGAAUAUUGACAGGCAACUGUGGAGAAAUGCAUAAACAAGGAUAGAACAGCUCAUAUCCACCUACACACACACACACACACACAGAGGGCGAGAGAUAGAGAGGGUACAUGCUUCUAAUCCACUUUAAUGCAUGAUCCAGCCGUUAACCUUUUCAGUAGAGUGACCUGUAUGUAUUAAUCCUAUAGGAGGCAGUCUGUCAUUGUAACAGCUGGCUGCGUAUCAAGGACCAGUGUUGGGGAGUAGUGAACUACAUGUAGUCCAAAUAGUAAUGUAACUACAUUUUGCAGUAACUUGAUGGUAGCUGAGUUAAAUUACAAUCUUAGUAGUGUUUUCACUAGUUCAUUAGUUUUCUGCCAUGUAGAGGUCUGGCUAGCUACUGGAACUACACACUACUUUCUUUGCAAAAAUAAAAUAAAAUAUGGGUGAAGUAAACUAUCUGGCUUCAGACCUGCCUAAUUCUCACUUGAGAGAUAGUUUUUGUGUUUAAUAGGAUAAAUGACACAUUCUGUUAACAUCUAACUACAGAGCGAUCUGUUCUUGCUAUUUGUAUUCUAUGACAUUUCAAAUGUACAUAUCAUUUUUCAUGAAGUAGUUUGGAUGCAGUGAACUACUUUUUAAAAGUAACUUUAGUUCAGUAAACUAUAAACUCUUUCAUAAGGGUAGCUUUAAUGUAGCUUAACUUCUUCCAGUGUGAACUAAUUGGUAGCUUGGUAAACUAUAUUUUCAGAGUAGCUUCCCCUACACUGUCAAGGACACACUGAUAGGUUGUAGAGUCACCUGUCUAGAGAAAUGGGAAACGGGAUAUCCUGUGCUGAAGUCUCCCAGGUUAGAUGGACCAAUAUGGUUUACUAUGACUUACAUACAGCAUUUUAGUGCAUUGAAUUAACUCUCCAAAGGUGAUGGAUUUUUAUUUAAAAUAGGGGUCAAUAGGGUACAUUUCUAUCAAUAGCAACAGUGUUGUAGUGUGAUGUAAGGUGGUAGCCAAGGAGAUGCUUUUCAUAAGUAGAAAAUGUUCCGAAAGUGAAUUUCACCCUCUCUCUCUCUCUCUCUUUCUCUCACUUAUUUACUCUCUAUGUCCUCUUGUAUGAGUGUUCACUGUUCCACGCUGCACACACACACACACACACACACACACACACACACACACACACACACACACACACACACACACACACACACACACACACACACACACACACACACACACACACACACACACACACACCCCUAAGCGCCUGGGCCUAAUGGGAAUGUGGCUUCAGCGGUGUGUAGCGAUUGAACACGACAUCUCUGCAUGGGCUUCAGCAGAAUAACACCUGUCCCCCUUUAUUCAAGGAGAAAAGCUGGAAAUGACCUUCCUCUGAGAGUUGGAUUGUAUUAGCUCUCCUCCUACACAAGAUUUUUUUCACUCCCUCCUUUUCCACUUUCUCUCCCUUUUUCUUUUUUUUCCAAAUAUGUCAUCUUGUUUCACCUGCGCUUGUUUGUGAUGAAAUUAUGCAUGUUGAAUACAAACCAGUCUGUGGGUGAGAGUGGUUAAAAUGAGUAAAUGUUAUAUAAAUGUUACCUGGAUGUUACAGGGGGUGUUUUUUUUCAGUUCCCUCAGCUCUCUCUGGUUGAAGUAGUGUUGGGUUAUGAUUGGUUUAUCCUGCGAGACUGAUCCGAGGUCAAAGGUCAUAUUCCAUACAGAUCCAUAGUGCCGCCAUUUUGGUUUUCCAUUGGAACCGACAAGGUCAUGGAAGGAAAGAGUCACAAUGCCAGCUCUCUCAGUGAAAGAGGAGAGAGGAAAUCUCACUGGAUUUACAGAACUCUUUCCAGACUCUCUAGUCUUCCUGAAGGAAACUGCUACAACAAACAAACAAUUAUGGGGAUUUAAAGGUACGAUACCCACUGAUCUCCUCUCUCAGAGACACUACACCUGAAAACUCUACAGAGGAAGUGCUAUGCUACCGGAGGCUAACUGUGACUGACUCUGCCCUUCACCAUUCACACACAGAGGGAUUCUCAAGGAACCUGGCGAGAACUUUUAAAAACACACGCUCUGAAAGGUGACUUUUUUGUAAUUUUGGCUCCAAAUCCCUGAACUCCUAAUGUAAGUUUACAGACAAUGACACGUAUGAGAAAGUGUCCUACCCCUUCAAAAAGACUCAGAUGGUUGACAAAGCUGUGAAAGGAUUUUCAUCUGUACAAACCAGUGCCCAUACACACAACCAUUACAACUGCCACCAUUUUGAGUGUGUUCGAAGUACAAUGUGACAAAAAAAGAUGUUUGGUUUGGUUGUUUCAUACUACAGUUUCAUACGUUUCAGAUGUUUUUGUGACUCAAUUUGCCAUUGGUUUGUUUUCUAUUCUAAAUUGUCAACUGUUUGACUCAAUUUGCCAUUGGUUUGUUUUCUAUUCUAAAUUGUCAACUGUUUGACUCAAUUUGCCAUAGAAUAACUAAUCAAUCUAAAUAGGAUGUAUAAAUCACUAGGAGGAGUAAGACUGAAGCUCAUUCAAGUACUCUCCUGCUCAAGGACCUGCCUCGAUCAUCCCAAUCGUUUCCACAACAUUCCCAGAGUGCUUCUGUCACGUCAUAGCAACAUUUGCCCAUUUGUAAAAUUGUCCUUUAGCCAAAUACAGUGGCAAUUAUAUUUGUAUUUUGUAAUAAUAAAAAAUAACCCAGUGGGGGCACUUCUC